CGAGCCCCGUCCAACGGCUGUGCGAGUCGAUUCCGGCGCGCUGAGCGCGUCCGCCCAACAAGAACAGGCCCCGUGCUCCUCCCGCCUCCUCGCGCUCCAGUGACGUCAAUUGAGGAAGACGAAGAAGCCACCCUGUCGGACCUAGCAGAUUCGCCAUAAUCUUUGCCUGCUGGCCUAUCCGCCGCCAUUUAAUAAUAGCGAUUAAUAUUUGCAUGUAUGUGUGGAUAUAUAUAUAUAUAUACAUACACAUACAUAUUUAUGAGUGUUUGUUUUAAAAAGGCGCUUCCUCUCCCGCAAUUGUCCUGAGCCAGGCGAAGUUGGCGGCGCUGCUUUCCUGAGGGGACGAAAGUGCUUUUGGGAGGGCAGUUUUUUUAAAAAAUUGGAUCUCGACCUACAAACCAGGUUGCCCCGGUCCAGUCCCCUCCUCAUAGUCGGCUAUGGAGGCUUCAUCGGCAGGACGAAGACAGUCCUGGAGGAACAGAAAUAUUGCUGUGUACACUACAGUUUGCUAGCUAUCUGGCUGGCUGGCUACCUAGGCUGAAACCGGUCCAUCUUCAUGUGUAAGCUCUGUAACUUAUUUUCCCCAAACCAGUCAGAACUGCUCUCUCAUGUUUCCGAGAAGCAUUCAGAAGAAGGGAUCAAGGUGGACGACAUCGUUAUUCCUCUCAGACCUCUCACGACGCCUACAAGUCUAAAUAAAAACGGAGAAGGUAUCGGCAGAGAGCUCCUUGUAGUGAAGAGAAAAAGAGGCAGGCCAAAAGGAUCAACUAAGAAAUUUUAUGUUGAUGAAGAAUUGGCAGAAAGCAGUAACUGCACUCUGAGUGAGGCUGCUCAACUGGGACCUCAGGAAGGAGGAGAGCUGGCGGAAGUUCUGCCAGGCAGCUUGGAAUGCCAGAAGUGCAACCGGAAAUUCUCUAAUUCUCGACAGCUACGAAAGCAUAUCUGCAUUAUCGUUAAACCUGAAGAUGUUGAAGAAGAUGGUGAUCCAGGUAAUGAUUCUGACGUUGACCUUGACAGGAGGGAAGAUGAGCGAGAAAAAACGCCAAAGAGGCAAAGGCUCCAGAGAACCGAGAAGAGCCUUUCAGCAAAAGAAGCAGACCAGAUUUCGGGAGCUAAGAAUCCUAUUAUAAGUGUAGUUUUGACAGCCCAUGAAGCUAUUCCAGGAGCUACAAAAAUAGUUCCAGUUGAGGCUGCUUCUCCAGAAACUGAACAGCCAACCAAUCCAGAGACAGCGGCGUCUGACUCCUCUCAGAGAAGGGGCUAUCAGGAAUAUGCCAUUCAACAAACCCCUUAUGAACAACCAAUGAAAUCCAGCAGGUUAGGUGCAACUCAGUUAAAAAUUUUUACCUGUGAAUACUGCAACAAGGUGUUCAAAUUUAAGCACUCUCUUCAGGCCCACUUGAGGAUCCACACCAAUGAGAAGCCUUACAAGUGCUCGUACUGCAGCUACGCCAGCGCCAUCAAAGCCAACCUGAACGUCCACCUGCGGAAGCACACGGGGGAGAAGUUUGGUUGUGACCACUGCCCAUUCACCUGCUUAAGCAAAGGCCACCUCAAGGUCCACGUGGAGAGAGUCCAUAAGAAAAUCAAGCAGCAUUGCCGCUUCUGCAAGAAGAAAUACUCAGAUGUCAAGAACCUGAUCAAGCAUAUCAAGGAAGCUCACGACUUGCAAGACAAAAAAGUGAAGGACGUCUUUGACGAGCUCCGCUUGAUGACCCGGGAAGGUAAGAGGCAGCUGUUGUAUGACUGUCACAUCUGCGAACGCAAAUUCAAAAAUGAACUGGAUCGUGACAGGCAUAUGUUUGUCCAUGGGGAUGAGAGGCCCUUUGCUUGCGAGCUGUGCGGCCACGGAGCCACCAAGUACCAAGCGCUUGAGCUUCAUGUCCGAAAACACCCAUUUGUGUACGUUUGCAGUGAAUGUUCAAAGAAAUUUGUCAGCUCCGUCAGACUCCGCUCACAUAUCAAAGAAGCGCAUCGAGACUUGCAGGAGACUUCGGUUUUUGAUAGUUCCAUCAAUCAGAGCUUUUGCCUGCUGGAACCAGGAGGAGACAUCCAACUAGAAGCCCUUGGAGAGGAGUUGUCACAGACUGCUACUGAACUUUCGCUUUUAAACUCUAAGGCACUCUGCAUACUAAAGAAGCCUAUUGACACAGGUGAAUUGACUGCAACAGAGGGAAGCCAUAAUAAUAACCCUGGUGGCAAUUUGGAAACUUCCACUACCCCUCCUUUAGAAUUUGAUAGCUCUCCAGUUUCAAGUGCAACAGAUCUACCGAGCCAGCCAUUGGCAGAAUUAGUAACCCCAGAUGUGUGCCCAGUUAGCGCUUCAGAUGAGUUUCUACAGAAAAAUGCUGCUUUUGGUUCAGAUGAGAUAAAGGCCGUUCCUGGAAAGGACGUCUCUCAUGACCAUUCAAUAAAUGUGAAAUGUGAUGCCAUGCAGCUUUCAGAAGAUAGCAGCUCCACUGUAAACCAGAGCCUUCAAGUUCCACAGUGUACUCCUGACCCUGAAGAAAAUGGCCAAACCCUCGGUCUCAAACCUCAGGAAGAGAACAAGGCGGCCACUGAAAAGGCAGGCUCUCCUACCCCACAUUCCCAUCUAGAAUCUAAUACAGAGUUUCGUGAGAAUUCAGAUCCUUGCAUGCUGCCUUCGGAUAAUCGGACUGGAGCUGCAGCCUUCAUGCAGAUUUUGGAUAGUUUGCAAAAACGACAAAUGAACACCGCCUUGUGUGAGAAGAUCAAGAAAGUCUAUGGGGACUUGGAAUGUGAAUAUUGUGGCAAGUUGUUUUGGUACUUGGUGCAUUAUGACAUGCAUGUCCGUACUCACACACGAGAGCAUCUCUACUACUGUUCUCAGUGCAAUUACUCAUCCAUCACCAAAAACUGUCUUAAACGUCAUGUCACCCAGAAGCACAGUAACAUUUUGCUGAAAUGUCCCACAGAAGACUGUGAUUAUUCCACCCCGGAUAAAUACAAACUCCAGGCCCAUCUGAAAGUGCACACAGAGUUGGACAAAAAGAGUUAUUCCUGCCCUGUGUGUGAAAAAUCAUUUUCUGAAGAUCGACUUAUAAAAUCACACAUAAAGACAAACCACCCAGAGGUUUCUAUGAACACCAUCUCCGAGAUUGUUGGCAGGAGGGUUCAGCUGAAAGGGCUGAUAGGAAAGCGAGCUGUGAAAUGCCCCUAUUGCAAUUUUUAUUUUAUGAAGAACGGAUCAGACCUUCAGCGUCACAUAUGGGCUCAUGAAGGCAUCAAACCAUUCAAAUGUUCCGUCUGUGAAUAUGCCACUCGCAGCAAGAGCAACCUGAAAGCUCACAUGAACCGCCACAGCACUGAGAAGACGCACUUGUGUGAUAUGUGUGGGAAGAAGUUCAAAUCAAAAGGCACCCUGAAGAGCCACAAACUCCUCCACACCGCUGAUGGCAAGCAGUUCAAGUGCACGGUAUGUGAUUAUACUGCCGCACAAAAGCCACAACUGCUGCGGCACAUGGAGCAGCAUGCGUCAUUCAAGCCUUUCCGGUGUGCACAUUGCCAUUAUUCCUGCAAUAUAUCUGGAUCUCUGAAAAGACAUUACAACAGGAAACAUCCCAAUGAAGAGUAUGUUAAUGCUGGCUCUGGAGAACUUGCCACUGAAGCCCUUCUCCAGCAAGGGGGUAUUAAGUGCCCAGCUUGUAACUUUGUGUAUGGUACGAAGUGGGAAUUCAACAGACACCUCAAGAACAAGCAUGAACUCAAAGUAGUCGAACACGAAGAGGAGAUAAAGUGGGAGCCAACAACAGAAAUUUGUGAAGAAACAUCUACACAAUAUCUCCAUAUCACGAAAGCUGAAGAUAUGCAAGGAACUCAGGCUGCUGUUGCUGCUCUACAGGACCUGCGAUAUACCUCAGAGAAUGGGGGACGACUUGACUCCACAGCUGUGAACUUCCUGCAGCAAAUCAUAGAGCUGGGUUCGGAGCCCCACGAUGCAGCUGCUGUUGCCUCUGUGGUUGCCAUGGCCCCAGGAACUGUUACCGUCGUGAAGCAGGGAUGUCUGUUGUUGCGGGAGAAGGCAUUAACAAGGAUCUUGUUCUCAACUCAGCAGCAAAAAAGGGGAGAGGUGGCUGUGACUAACACAAAGAGACCCUGCACUUCCAAACUUGCCACUACACUACUGUCCAUCUUCUUUCAUAGGGUGACAGAGGAGGAGCAGGCAACCAACCACACAGUGAUGAUUCAGGAAACGUUGCAGCAGGCUUCUGUCGAGCUGGGUGAACAGCAUCAUUUGGUUGUCUCCUCAGAUGAGGUGGAAGGGAUUGGGACAGUGACAGUCUACACUCAGGGGGGAGAAGCCUCUGGACUUAUUGUUUAUGUGCAAGACAUGCAGCCUGUGGAAGAACAAACAGAGGACCAGGAACAAUCAGCACAGAAAAUCUAGAUAGAAUUCCCAAGGAAGGUAAGCCUUCUGGUAUUGCCAAAUCAAUACACAUUUUAUUAUCUAGUGUAUAUUUAAUAUUGGGCAUGAACGGAGCCUCCUACAGCGGCUAGUUCAUUGUAUGUGUAUCCUUUGGCAGAUGCGUGGGUGAGUGUUGAUUGGACAGUUGGCUUUUUUUGCCAGUAGACAUUUUGGUACAUACUGAGCCAUGCACAGCUUCCUUUCAAAAGACGCUAUUCUUUGUACAGUUUAGAUUUUUAAGAAAGCUCGCCUUUUCACAAGGAACUCCUGGAGUCACAGAUGCGGAUGGCCAGAACCACUUCCUUCGGGGAUAAAAAAAUAUAUGUACUUUUGUGUUCUCCCUAUAACAAGAGGCAAAGCAGAAAACCAAGAGAAGAAACUUUGGACAGCACUCAGUAAAUGCUAUGUGCAUGUGUGUGUUUUAUGCACUUUAAGAACACUGCAGACGAAAAAGGGCAAUAUUAGGAACUAGCUGGAAAGACUCGCCAAGGCCAUUGGGGCAAAGCAGCAGGCUGGGCAGUGAAGCUCUUCAGAAGAAUGGACUCCAUUUGCGACGUGGGUGGAGGUGUUUGCCCAGCAGUCAGAAAAGGACAGUUUGUGAAUCAGAGUCAGCUGUUUUUUCAGUGUUCCUUCCAGCAUGUUUUUUUAAAAGGGUUAGCGUUUUAACCUCCCUAAAGAGAGUUUCAUUUGUCACUGAAUUGUCAAAGAUCCCAGAUCAUUAUCUGAAUGCUGUCUUUUAGAUUAUGUAUCUUUUAAUCUUAAAGCAGGGCUCUGCAGCAGUUUCUCCCCAGCAUGCCAAUUUUUUUAAAUCUAAUCUAACACACAAAUGAAAAGCUCCCACCACUAUGCAUCUUUUGGAUGCAUAGCCCCUGCUAAAAUGCAAGUGUUUUAUGGUUGUGACAUAUUUUGGACAUAUAUAUCAGAGAUAUAUAGUGCAUUUUUUUUCCUAUCCAUGAGGCAUUAUUUCAUUGUCUUCCCCUUUCCUCUUUGAAAGCAAUAGCAAUAACUUCAGACAUAUAUAUAAAAAAUUGUAGCUUGGGCAUAGCUUCCUGGAUGAACACACACUCUACAGGGUUAUGUCUCACGUAAUAUACAAUGGAUGCCAUUUUGAAACAUUGAGAAGAAAUAUAAAGCCAAGAAAGCUGUGGAAGCCACAGCGAUAAAGUGAUAUUUUGGGUUCCUGUUGUUCCCAGCCUGGUAAAUGUUGAGCAUUUUCUCCACUAUAGGCACUACUCUGCAGCCUUGACCUGCAUCAAAUCACUAUCCUGUAUUGAUUAGACAUGGGCGAUCUACAGAAUGCCUGUUCUUUUUCUUUCACAUUAAACAAUGAAAUAGAUUCUGCUGUGACAAUUCACCAAAAGUGGAGAUACAGUAAUCUUGCUGUUAGUAAUUCUUCUGGGCUGUCCUCUACAAAGGACUCAGCACUCUGGAUGGAGAAAAUGAUAAGUGAUUUGGGGCCAGGCUCCAUUCCAGGGGUAGCCAUUGUGGUGCCCUCGAGAUGUUGUUGGACUACAACUCAUCAUCCCUAACCAUUGGCCACUCUGGCUAGACUUCUGUAUGACAUCACAUUGACUACACCUGCUUAUUCACAUGAACAUUUUUCAGUAGGCCUUGGGGAAGUGUUGUAAUUUGGCCUAAUUUUAGUCUGUGUUCUGGAUGCACACCCUGUAUAUAGGAACAGGAUACUGAAUUGCGAUCUGGACAUGCCAGAGCAUUCACGAGACAAGUUCCACAAAUAAUGUCACAGCUCAAUGAGUAUCUCAUAGCUUCAACGUUGAGAGUGACUCUUUCCUGGGUUGUGGGGUGGGAGGCAGGAAUAGGCUGACUCUUGAACCUGCUUUCAGUUCUUGGCUCUUCUCCAAAGAAAUGUUUGUAUUGCCAUUCUCUUAUUACAUAAGCAUAUAUUUGGGGAUAUCAUCUGGUAGGCAGGAUGGAACAAAGACUGAACUCUGUGUUCUUUAACUUUCUUGAAACUUCAAACCCCUAUUCCUUGAAUAAACAUAAUAUCAAACAAGAUGAAAAUUCUCCCUCCCUCCCUCCCUCCCUCCCUCCCAUGCAGCGGCCCCAAUUUGUGUGUGUGCCAGCUGCUGGCAAAUACAGUGCCUUGCAGAAGUAAUCAGACCCCUGACCAACACUCUCAUAUUACUGAAUUGCAAAUGGUACAUUGUAAUUUCGUUCUGUAUGAUAUUUUAUUUUGAAACACUGAAUCAGAAUCAAUUAUUGUAAGGUGACAUUCAUUUUAUGUUGGAAAAUGUUUGUAACAAACAUAAAAAAACCUGAAACAUGUUGCUUGCAUAAGUAUUCAACCCCAACACAUUAAUAUUUGGUAGAGCCACCUCUCACUACAAUAACAACUGUAAGUCUUUUGCAGUAAGUAUGUACCAGCUUUGCACACAGUGUCAGAGAGAUUUUGGCCCAUUCUUCUUGGCAGCUUUGCUCCAGGUUGUUCAGGUUGGUUGGACGUUGCUUGUGGACCGCAAUUUUCAAAGAGCGCCACAGAUUCUCAAUGGGAUUGAGAUCAGGACUUUGGAUGGGCCACUGUAGGACAUUCACCUUUUUGUUCUUGAGCCACUCCAGCGUUGCUUUGGCCUUGUGCUUGGGAUCAUUGUCCUGCUGAAAAGUGAAUUUCCUCCCAAGCUUCAGUUUUUUAGUGGACUGAAGCAGGUUCUCUUGCAGUAUUUCCCUGUAUGUUGCUCCAUCCAUUCUUCCUUCCAUUUUAACAAGAUGCCCAGUCCCUGCUGAUGAGAAGCAUCCCCAUGGCAUGAUGCUGCCACCACCAUACUUCACUGUAGGGAUGGUGUGUCUUGAGGCAUGGGCAGUGUUAGGUUUGCACCACACAUAGCCCUUUGAGUUUUGGCCAAAAAGCUAUAUCUUGGUCUCAUCUGACCACAAAACCUUUUCCCACAUUGCAGCUGGGGCACUCUCAUGCUUUCUGGCAAACUCCAGACAUGCUUUCAGAAGGUGCUUUUUGAGUAACAGCUGCUUUCUUGCCAUCCUCCCAUACAGGCCAGUGUUAUUCAGAGUUCUUGAUAUGGUUGACUGGUGCACCAUUACUCCGCUGCCAGCCACUGAACUCUGUAGCUCCUUCAAAGUGAUUGUCGGCCUCUCUGUGGCUUCUCUCACAAGUUUCCUUCAUGUUCAAGCGCUGAGUUUUGAGGGACGGCCUUUUCUUGGCAGUGCCUGGGUGGUGUGAUGCAGCUUCCACUUCCUGAUUAUUGGUCCAGCUGUGCUUACUGGGAUAUCCAAACACUUGGAUAUUGUACCCUUUUCCUAAUCUAUGCAUUUGUAUGACAUUAUCUCUCACUUCUGUAGAAUGCUCUUUGGUCUUCAUUUUCCUUCAGAUCCACAGCCUGACCAAUGAUCCUUCAACAGUGGCUUUUUAUCCUGACAAUGUGACAGAUACUUUAAUGGUUCACAGAUGGAGGCCAUUGGUAAGGUAACUGUGUCCUCGACUGGGCAAUUUCUUUCAUCUGUGCAAACCGGGAGCUUCUAUAGCACAGGGGUUGAAUACUUAUGCAAGCAACAUGUUUCAGUUUUUUGUUUCUUACAAACAUUUCCCAGCAUAAAACCAAUGUCACCUUACAAUAAUUGAUUUUGAGUUUCAGUGAACAAAAUUACAAUGUACCAUUUGUAAUUCAGUAAUAUGAGAACAUUGGUCAGGGAUCUGAUUACUUUUGCAAGGUGCUGUAUAUACAGCCAGUCUGUGCUAUAACUCUGUCCACUCUGUGUGCAUACCUCCAUCCUUGGUUAUGCCACAUCACACAAAGUGGCUAUGGCUCAAAUGAUAUGACACUGGAUGUCCACCACAGCACCAGAUUCUGAAAGAAAAUGGAGGGAAAUGACCUUUUUUAACCAGCUAUCACUAAAAGAGAAGUACCCACAAUGGCUUGUAACUUGGCUAUGUAAGAAGGUAAAACAGCAGUCACUCUUUAUUCUCCAGCCUCUAACAAAUGUUUAAACACUUUUAGGUUAAUAAGAGGAAUUAUUUUCAUAUAUUUCUGAACAUUUUGCGAAACGCCACCUCUCAAUGCAAAACCUGCUAUGUGAACUCUAAGGACUCGUUCUUGUUAAUAUGUACACAAAUAGAGUUAUGUUUGUAAAUGUAAUGACCGGAUGGCUUGAAUGACUGUAAAUAAGGGAAUAUGAACUGAACUGUGGGAGAUUUUAUUCUCAUUAAUCCCUGUGGUCACAAUCCAACACAGAGUUAAGCAUGGUUUCAGUUGGCUGAAGGAUGUCGAACAGAUUGUGGUUCAUGUGUGUGUAGCUUUGAUUUCAUCAUGUGCAUCUCAAUUAUUUUGGGGAAAAUAAUCUUUUUUUCCUGAGCUUUAAAAAUAUUAAUAAUGCAGAUGUCACAUUCUGUUCAGUGGGCUUAAAAUUAAAUAAAUUUCUCCUCCCCUAAAAAAACACCCACCCAACCCAAUAAAUUCUUUUUAAGUCUUGAGUUGGCUGAAAUAUGUUUCUUUGCUACUGAUGUGAAGGUUUUCACAGGUCUGUCUAAUUGCAUCUCUCCCUUCAGGAGCCAGCCCAGAUGAGUUUAAUAGGUUUGGGCUCACAAUUGCUAAGCUUUGGAAAUGUGAACUGGCUCAUAAACAGGUCUGUGUGGAAACCUGGUGCAUGGUAUAGUAAUAAAAAAGUUGAUGUCAGAUUGGAAAGGGGUAUCUGGUGACAUUCCAAAUCGGUCGAUUGCUUCAACACUAACUUCAGAUGAAGCUGUGAAUUAAAUGCUUACCGAAAUUCUAUACGGCGUGAUCCAGGACGGAAUGCAAACAUUUUAGAAGAUGGGCUUAACAUUCAAAGUGACCUCUUAUUUAAAA